GGGGGGCGGCGCGGGGCGCGGCGCUGAGCGCCGGCGGGACCCCAUGGACCUGGACGUGGAUUACGAGCGGCCCAACGUCGAGACCAUCAAGUGCGUGGUGGUGGGCGACAACGCGGUGGGCAAAACGCGCCUCAUCUGCGCCCGCGCCUGCAACGCGACGCUGAGCCAAUACCAGCUGCUGGCCACGCACGUGCCCACCGUGUGGGCCAUCGAUCAGUACCGCGUCUGCCAGGAGGUGCUGGAGCGCUCCCGCGAUGUGGUGGACGAGGUCAGCGUGUCGCUGCGGCUCUGGGACACCUUCGGGGACCACCAUAAGGACCGGCGGUUCGCCUACGGCAGGUCAGACGUGGUGGUGCUCUGCUUCUCUCUGGCCAACCCCAACUCCCUGCGCCACGUGAAGACCAUGUGGUACCCUGAGAUCAAACACUUCUGCCCGCGGACGCCCAUCAUCCUGGUGGGCUGCCAGCUGGACCUGCGCUACGCCGACCUGGAUGCCGUCAACCGUGCCAGGCGUCCCUUGGCCAAGCCCAUCCGACCCACGGACAUCCUGCCCCCGGAGCGGGGCCACGAGGUGGCCAAGGAGCUGGGCGUCCCCUACUACGAGACCAGCGUGGUGGCCCAGUUCGGCAUCAAGGACGUCUUCGACAACGCCAUCCGCGCCGCGCUCAUCUCCCGCCGCCACCUGCAGUUCUGGAAGUCCCACCUGAAGAAGAUGCAGCGCCCGCUGCUGCAGGCGCCCUUCCUGCCCCCCAAGCCCCCCCCGCCGGUCAUCCGCAUCCCCGAGCCGCCGGCCAGCCGCGCCUGGGGCCCCGCCGCGCUCUUCUGCACCCCGCUGUGCGCCGACGUCGUCUUCCAGCUGCAGGGCGGGCAGCGCGUCUUCGCGCACCGCGUCUACCUGGCCACGUCCUGCUCCAAGUUCUACGACCUCUUCACCCUGGAGGGGGCGCUGGGGACGGGCAAGGAGCCGGCCGCCCGCGCCCGCAGCCUGGACGGGGAGCGGGGGGCGCUGGGCGAGGGGCCGCGGGGCGCUCUGCGCGCGGUGCAGAGCGACGAGGCGCUGCGGGCGCCGGCGGGGGACGGCGCCCGCGAUCUGUCCGCGUGGGGCCGAGGCUUCGUCAGCAUGCGCUGGGAGGUGGUGGCCGACCCGGUGGCGGGGAGGGAGAAGCGGAUGACGGUGGUGUGCAUGGACCGCUCGGUGGCGGCGGAGCCGUUCCGCGCCGUGCUCGAGUACCUCUACACCGGGCGGCUGGAGCAGGCGCGGGGCGACCUGAUGCAGGUGGCCACCAUCGCCGAGCUGCUGGAGGUGUUCGACCUGCGCAUGAUGGUGGCCAACGUGCUCAACAAGGAGAGCUUCAUGAACCAGGAGAUCACCAAAGCCUUCCACGUGCGCCGCGCCAACCGCAUCAAGGAGUGCCUGGGGAAGGGCGUCUUUGCAGACGUGGUGUUCCGCGUGGACGACGGGGCCGUUCCGGCACACAAACCGCUGCUGAUCGCCGGCUGUGACUGGAUGAUGGCCAUGUUCCGGGGGGCGUUCCGGGAGAGCUACGCUGCCGAGGUCUCCCUGCCAGGCACCAACUGCGCCUGCCUGCGCGCCGUCCUCGACUUCCUCUACACGGGGGUCUUCACGCCCACGCCCGACCUGGACGCCAUGGAGCUGCUCAUCCUCACCAACCGCCUCUGCCUGCCCCGGCUGCAGGCGCUCACAGAGCAGUACGCCGUGGAUGAGCUGCUCCGCGCCUUCAUGCAGCAGGUGGAGAUCGACGAGCAGGUGAUCAUCUACCUGGAGAUGACGCAGUUCCACAACGCCCGGCAGUUGGCCGCCUGGUGCCUGCACUACAUCUGCACCAACUACAACAGCGUGUGCCGCCGCUUCCCCCGCGAGAUGAAGUUCAUGUCCCCAGAGAACCAGGCGCACUUCGAGCGGCACCGCUGGCCGCCGGUGUGGUACCUGAAGGAGGAGGACCUGUACCUGCGCUCCAAGAAGGAGCGGGAGCGCGAGGAGCAGCUGCAGCGCAAGCAGCACACCCGCAGCAAGUGGUGCUUCUGGCGGCCCUCGCCCCCCGUCUCCUGAGCCGGGGCCGCUGCCGUGCCGCUCCCCGGGGCCGGAGGCACGGCCGGGCUCCUGCUGGCCCGGGCCGCGCCGGGCUGGGGGCUCCACCUCCCCCAGAGCCGCGGCCGCCUCGGGCCCCCGGUGCCACCGCCUGUUUACAGCCCCGUCCCCGUUAUGGGCGCCCGCCGUCGCCGCCGCUCUGGUUUACAGCCCUCACGGCGCGCUGCUGAGCCGACGGCCCCCCCCCCCGCCGCGCUGGUGCUACCUCCGAUCCGAGCAGCGUAGUGGGGCCGGGGUCCGGCCGGGCCCGUGGCAGGGUGCUGGCCCGGGCUGGGCGCUCCCAGCCGGGCUCUCUGGUGCUGAAAUCCCCCCCCCCCUCUGUGCUGGCGGAGGUGGGGGCCAAGCUGUGAGCAGGGCGCAGGGGGAGGGGCGGCGGGCGGCCCGGCCGGCCCCGCUCAUCUCCGUGCCUUGGACACGUCCCGGCCCCGCGUGGGUCCCGGCCGCGGUGUCCCCGUGCUGCACAACCCUUUGUACACUUUUCUACUCCGCUCGUGCCAACCCAGCACAACCCCCCCGGGCGCCCGCGCCCACCUCAAGGGCUGUUUGUACCCCCGCCUUCCCGAGCACUGUGAGCGGGGCGCCUCACCGCGCCGAUUUUAACCUUUAAUAAAGCCUUUUGUAACGGGA